UUUGAAUCGUAUAAGAAAAAAGGAGUGAUGAAAUUUGGAUUACAUUUAUCUCAGCACAUUUAUCUGCCAUGGAAACAUCAAUAUAUCAACUAUGAUGAACUAAAGUACUUUCUAAAAGAUAGACAGCUUACGGGAGGAGGAUGGACAUUUGAAGACGAAAUUUAUUUUAAUAAGCAAUUAAUCGACAAACAGUUCGAGAAGGUCAAUUGUUUUAUCGAAACCAAGAUAAAUCACUUGUCAUUAGAGGAGGUGCGGCCCUUGCUAGACUUUAUUCACCUAAACACGAUUGGUUUUAAAAAGAUCUUGAAAAAGCAUGAUAAAUGGACAGAGUUCACGCUUGCACAUAAAUAUAACCGGUACUGGGACAACUACAUCACUAUACAAGUUUUCAAAUCUAUAUGGACUUUUUAAAGAAGAAAGAAUCCACAGAACUCAUCAAGAUGAUAU